GACCGUGGUGCGCUCGAGGGAACGGUCAGAGUCGCGUGUUACUCCUGGUUUUUUUGUUUAAAUCUUAAAAAUUAUAUUAAUUUUAUCAAUUAAAUAAAACCUAAGUGAAAAUUUUUCGGAAAAAAAGUAAAAAUAGUGAAGUGUUUAGUGAAGAAUUGUUAAGUGAAUAAUAAAAUGUGAUAAAAUAAUUUCCGUUGGAUUAAAUAAUAGCUUGAUAAAUAUUAUAUUUAAGAGAGAUAAAAACGUGUUGGAUUGUAAACACGACAAUGAACAGAUCGUUAAUGAAACUGUUGUGGAAAAAUUCAAAAAGUUGAUAUUUGUAGGCGGAGCUUGUGGUAGAGGACGGUGGUGGACACGUGACAUAUACGGAAACUGUCACGCCGCCCUUGCCUUCCCCUACUUUCUCCUUCUUUCAAUUGACUCCCCCUUUUGUCAUCCCCAAUAUUCCCCCACUUGAAAUUUUUUUAUAUAUAUGAGCUUAGUCGUUGUUACGACCGACGCAGAUACAACCGAAAACAACCGAAGUAGAAUCGUCUCUUCUUCUUUGAUAUUCGAUAAUAUACCUGCAAUCCAGGUAGUAAAACGUCACACUUAUAUACUGGAAAGAUCACGAAAUCAGCGAGACAUCAAAUGCCCAUUUACCCUAUAAAUUUUACUCUUUCAUCAAAAUAAUUAUACACCACAAAAAUAUUUCAAUUUAAUUUUUUUAAGUAUGAUUUUUAAAUGAUUAAUAUUUUGAAUGAUCAAAAAUUUAAUACAAAAAUGCAGCAAGCUAGUCUUGGUCCAGGCUCUGGACCAGUAUCACUUGAUGUCAAAAAUGAAUUACUACAAAAAUUUGAUAAAUUAGAUAAUGAUGUUAUGAUAAAACAAGAAACCAUAAAAGAAAUUAAAAUAAAACAAGAAAUAUUUGAUAAUCAAGAUAGCUUGGAAGUCAGUAAUCCUGAAUAUAAUUCUGCAAGUGUUGAAAUUGAUAAAAAUUUAAAGAAUUCAUGUUUCACUAAGGAAAAUAAUAAGGAACUUGAUCGUGAUUCUCAAUUUGAUUUGCCUAACACUGAACGUCAGUAUCUAGCGAUGCAACAUCCAGCUUAUCGCACUGCCGUCGGCACGGGUUUAUCAUCUAACAAUAACAACAAUAUCACCACCAACAAUAACAACAACAACAAUUAUAAUACAUUUGGUUUUUCUCAUUUUUAUCCAUCACCAAUGUUUCCCUCCUUCUCAACAAAUGCCCAUCAUCAUGACCAUCAAGACAUAAAACCCUCAGAUCGUGAAAAAUGUGUCAACAAUAUUAUCAAUAAAAAUAAUGAUCUAUUAAAUGAGGACAAAUACAAAAUGAUACAAAAUACAAAUUAUAAUAAUCAUGAUAAUCAUCGUCAUUCAAGGUCAAACAACAUUGGUGAUUUCAAUGAUACACUACUUCGUGAUUAUCGUUCACAUCAAGACUUUCAUCAAGUUAAAUUACCCGGAUAUCCUGUCGUAUCAUCAGCAACACCAACGACAUUUCGUACAUCAUUAGAAAUGGCGUAUUUGAAUCAACAACAACAACAAAAAAAUAUACAACAACAACAACAACAAGCUGAUCAGUUAUAUCAUUUACGACGUUUUUAUCAAGGAAGACAAAAAAAAUGGAGCAAUUCUGCUCUAAGAAUUCGUCAACCAUCCCUGCCUUCGUGGUUUUUGCGACCGGACGUGCCACUCGCCUCGUGUCCAAGAACAGCCCCAUCACCUAGGACUCAAAUCGACUUGUCGAAGGCAUCAGAACCGCCUGUCGACAGUACCAGGGUACAUGGUCAGACGCCAACCAUCUGUACGUCAAUUAAAUGCACGGCUAAUGGAUGCACCUGUAAUUCAUUUACACCGGGUAAAAGACAUCUGCGUUACUGCGAUAAAUGUCAACAUGGCUGGGUUUUUCAUGCGCUCGCGCGACUGUCAAGCCUCCAGUCGGCAAGUACAACAAGCAAAAAUACAAGUGGGGAUGUCGCCUCCGGCCCACGACGUCCUGGUAGGGAGGACAAAAGCGCCGUAGGGAGGGUAAUACUAAGCAUUGAAAAUAGUAGUGGGGAUAUUACUGACGAGGUCGCCGAGAAGGAGGAAAGUCCACCGGCUUCAGAGACUGUCGAGCCGACGGUCGUGUUUGACGUCGCAUCACUAGUUCUUUACGGAUCACGCGCAUUACCAAUUCGUCUUAAAAUAUUACUUGAUCAAUUGUUUAAUAAGUUACAACACGCGAAAGUGACAAGUCUACUUGCCGCAUUUGGCUGGACCCACGAGGAUUACACUAGAGGAUACAUACUGCAGGACUCUCAAAACGGUUCACUACUUGAUAGAUGGAGUAUCUGUUCAGCUGAAGAGGAACCGCUGGUUUUACAGCAGUUCCUUCGUUUUCCGGAGACGCGUCAAUUCGUGCAGCAGCUAUUGCUAGCUGUCGGAUCAAGUGUGUCCUCGGAUGAUAUGUCACCGAGCCGACGACCAUCACCACCUAAUAUGCCACUGGCCCAUUUGCCACCAUCAUUCAAUUUGCUACAUUGUAGAUUGCCACAUCCUGGUUCAAGAUUACAACAACAACAGCAACAACAACAACCACUAUCACUAACAGCGUCUCAUUCAUCCAUGUCGCCGUCAGCACAAAAACAUUAUAUACAAUCAUCAACAACAUCAUCAUCUUCAUCAUCAUUGUCAUCAUCAAAUUUAGUCAAUACAAAUUGUUUGACAAAUUCACCACCAAGAAGUUUAGAAACAAAUAAUUCACAUUUGACAUCACCAUUAAAUCGUUUACAAAGUAUGCAACCAUUUGAUUUUCGAGAAUUGGGAAGUUUGGGACUUGCUGGAUUUCCACAUUUAGCACCACCACCACUUGAACAAUUAUUACAAUCAAGAAAAUCAAUGAGACAUACACAAAAUUCACACAGUCCACCACAUCAUUCAACAUCAACAACAUCAUCAUCAACAUCGUCAUCAUCACAAUUAAGACCACCAAUGCCAGUUGCACCAAUAUCAACAACAGCACUUGCCUUUGGUCAUCCAUUGGCUGUUGCUGGUUCAUCUGGUGCAUUACCACCAAAUUUUCCAGUUAAUUUUUCACAUCCAUCAAUGGCUAAAUUAACAUCAAAUAGUGGAAAUUUAAAUUUAUUAAGUGGCCAACAACAACAGCACACAGUAGAUUCACAAAGUAUUGGAGAAAAAAGUAGUGAUUUUGGAUCAGAGAGUGAUGAUGAUGAUGAUGAAAAUUCUGGUAGUGCAUUAAAUUUAAGUAGAAGAGAUUCACUUACAAAACAUGAUAAACAAAGACUACGAUCAUUACCAAUACAACAACAACAACAGCAUCAUCAACAACAACAACAACAGGCAACAUCAGCUGUUGGUAGACCACCAGGUAUACCUGGUAGAAAAUCACAAUCACCUGGUAAACGUAAUCAAUGGGGUUCAACAUCAAAUUUACCACCAAAUCUUGGUACACCAUUUAUAAAUCCAGCAACUGGUAAAAAAAGAGUACAGUGUAAUGUUUGUUUAAAAACAUUUUGCGAUAAAGGUGCUCUUAAAAUACAUUUUAGUGCUGUUCAUUUACGUGAAAUGCAUCAAUGUACAGUUAAAGGUUGUAAUACAAAAUUUAGCUCAAGAAGAUCAAGAAAUCGUCACAGUGCAAAUCCAAAUCCAAAAUUACAUUCACCACAUUUACGUAGAAAAAUAUCACCUCAUGAUGGACGUUCAUCAAUGGCACAUGCAUUGGUAUUACCACAACAAAUGGGGCUAUCAGUACCAUCAAGUGGUCUUAAUCAUUUGCCAUUUGGUUCAUUUCCAUUAUUAACACCACCACCAGAUUUACGAUCACCAGCAAGUCUUUGUGGUUUAGAUUUUAAACAUCUUGAUUUAUCAUCAACACAAAGUCAAAGUGGUAUGUCAUAUGACGAAGCAAUGCAUCAAAGAAUGAUAACAACAACAGCAGCAACAACAACAAUGUCAUCAAGUGGUCCAUUUACAUUUUCAACAGCAACAACAACUACAUCAAAUGCUAAAAGUACACCAAGUACAACAAGUACUAUUGGUGCACAUUCACCGUCAUCUGAAACACCAUCAAUUAUUUUAGAAGGUGAAGAAGAUGAUGAUGAUGAAGAGGGUAUUGUUAUUGUUGGUGAUGAAAUUGAAUCAUUACAAGCAGCUGCACGUGCUGGUAAACAUGAAGAUGAUCAAAUGAUACCAUUUAAUCUUGCAAAAAGACCAAAAAUAUCAACUGACGGUCAAGAUGAAGAACUUGUUAGUAAUACAGAUAGUGUUGAUGAUACUGAUUCAAUGGGUACAUCUGAUAAUCAUACUGUAUCAUUUAAUAAUGUACAAACAAAUGCAUCAUUUAAUAAUCGUGGUGUUAGAAAACGUAAAUCACAACAUCCAACAAGAUGUGCAAUGCCAACAAAUGUACAUUCACCAAUGACUGAUGCUGAUUCAUCAAGUGAUGCUGUAUUUCAAGAUCAACCAGAAGAUAUGUCAAUGUCAAGACUUGAACAACAACGUAAAUCAUCAUUAUCACGUAAUUCAAAUUGUGAUAAUGAAUCAAUGACAUCACAAUCACCAGAAAUUAAUAGAGAACGUGAAUCUCUAUAUAUGAAAAAUCAACGACAAAAAUUACAAACUGAAAAUAGUAUUGUAGCAUUACAAGUACCUCAAGAUGAACCAAGAGAUUUAAGUUCACGAGCGAGUAGUGUAAGAUCACCAAAAAGAUCUCAUUCACCAGAGCCAAUAAAACGUGAAGUUUAUUCACCAGAUAAACAAAUAACAAGUGAAAUUUCAAGUAAACGUCGUAACAGUCAAAUAUCAAAUGAUUCAAGAGAUAUUAAAAAUGAAUCUGACAAUAAUAAUCAUGAAUUAUUGUCAACUGUUAAAACAACAACUCAAGUGAAAGAAGAACGUCUUGACAAUGAGGCUGAUGCUGUUGUUGUAGCAGCUGCUGAUGAUGAUGAUCGUGACGAGGAGAUGCAUGCAGAUGAGCCAGAACGAGAGAAGGAGGAGGCCGAGGAGGAAGAACAACGACGACAACAACACCACCACCAACAACAACAACUGAAGCAGGAGAGUCGUGUGCCAAUCAAUCUGGGUACAACAACAACAACAAAGGAGCCAGAUGAUGACGACUAUGCUGAUAAACGUGAAGGUGAGCGUGAUGUUCCUGAUGUUCCCUCCCGUGCCCCGAGCUCGGUAGACAGUUAUCCAACUGUUAAUGAUGAACUGUCCCUCGACUCUUCAAAUGCUUUGCGUCAACUAGAGUCCUUGUCGCAGGGUCGCAUGAUGAUGAUGCAGAGUCAAUACACCACACCAGGGAGCGGAGGAUGCACAACAUCGAGGCCUGGCAGAAUAUCUAUCAGCCCAUGCACCAGCCCUACCAUGAUCCAGGACAACAACACCAUGGACAAUUACUCUCGUGGCUCGCGCUCGUCCAGCGGCUCGCCCUCCACAGUGGCUAUGGAUACGGACAAUAGUUUAAUAACAUAUGCACGUUAUGAAAAUGGUGGUUUUGUUAGUACACAAGAAGUACCACUUGAUCGUGAUAAUCCACGUAGAUGUACAGCAUGUGGAAAAGUCUUCCAAAAUCAUUUUGGCGUUAAAACACAUUAUCAAAAUGUACAUUUAAAAUUAAUGCAUCGUUGUAGUGUUGAUGGUUGUAAUGCUGCAUUUCCAUCAAAACGUUCAAGAGAUAGACACUCGGCAAAUUUAAAUUUACACAGAAAACUAUUAUCAACAUCAACAAGUCCACCAUUAUCAUCAAGUUUACCAUCAAGUUUAUCACCUCGAAUUGAUGAUACACAAAUUAAUCCAUUAUUACAUAAUGAUUUUAUUGCAAGACUAUAUGCUGAUGCUGGUAUUGGUGCACUUGGUGGUGGUUAUCCAUUAUCAUCAGCAGCUGUUGAUCUUGCUGCUAGAAUACCACCACCACAUUUAUUAUUACCACCACAUCUUGGUGCAUUUAGUGGUUUAAGUUCAUUUGCUACACAUUUAGCUGGUCUUAAUGGUCUUACACAUCAACAUUUGAGUCAAUUAAAUCAUUUAACAAGACUAGGACAAGAACGAGAAUUUCAUCAGCAACAACAACAACUUCAUCAUCAUCAACAACAACAACAACAACAACACCACCAACACCAACAACAUCAACAACAACAACGUCAUAAUAAUAAUAUUAGUAAUAGUAAACCAUCAUCACCAAUUUUAUCAUCAUCAUCAACAUCAUCAUCAACAACAACAAGUCCAAAUAAUGAUAAUCUACAUGAUGAUGUUAGAUGUACAAUACCCGGAUGUGACAGGGUUUUUGGCUCACGGGCUGUACGUGAUGCACAUUCACGUGAUUUACAAGCACACAGAGAUAUAACAGGUAUUGCCACUAGCGGCUCGUGACCGAUGUCCGCGUAUCCGUAUGCGAUCAAUCGCCGCGGCUACGAUUCAUUUCUUUAAUAUCCCAAAUAUUAUUAUUGACGCGAAAAUCGAAUCAAGAAAAUAUAUAUAUAAAAUCAAUAUAUCUGUUUUUUCUCAUGUGGGAUGUUACUUGUUUUAUUCAUUUUGACUUUGAGAUACCGGCACCUUGAUAUUAACGCGCAAAAAAAAUAAAAAAUAUAUAUUAUUAUUAUUAUUAUCAUGAUAAAAAUAUUAAUAUGAAUAAUAAAUAAAAAAAAUAUAUAAAUAAAAGUAAUACUCCUUCCUUGUUCGUGCGUUUUAACUCGUGAUACAAACGAUUUAUCAAGAUACUCAUAUAAAUAUAUAUAAAUAUUAUUAUUAAUAUUAUUUUCAAGUCUAAAAAAAUAUUAAAAGUAAAUAAAUAAUUAUUAAUAAUAAUAAUGAAAAAUAAUUACUAAUAAUAAUUUAAUAAUUAAUGACGAAAUUUUUAUUUAUUGUAUUUAUAGGCAAAGAAAUUUGCAAAUGAAAUUUCAUAAUUGUUGUGAUUUCGUACAUUAUUUAUGUACAAUAUAAAAAAAAAAAUUUAUAAAUAAUAAAAUAUUAUAAAUAUUUAAUCAUUAAAUCAGCUAUAGUUAAGCUGUAUAUAUACCUAAUUGAUGUAUUUCAGAAUUGUUUAAAUUAAUCAUCGUGAAAAUAUAAAAAAAAAAAAAGAAAAAUUUUACAAAAUUAAGUAAAAUAGCUAUGAGAAUAAAAUACCAGUGUUAUUUUAAUUAUUAUUUUUAAAUUUUAAAUAUAAUUUAACAUGAGUUAAUAUAUCUAUUUAAUGAUAAUCUCAUGUGAUACUGAAGUGUCAUUGAAACUUUGAUGGCAGCUAUAUAGAUUUGCAAUAAUUUGAAGGGGAGAAUUCAGACGAGUCUGAGAAUAUUCGUGACUGAAAAUCAUUAUUAUUAUAAUAAUAGACUUUAAAAUGAAAUAUAUAAAAAAAUAAAUAAACAAAUCAAUAAUAAUUAAAAAAAAAAAAAAAUUAAUAGAUAUUAUUUAUUUGUUUUUUUUUAUUCUAGGGAUCUUAUAAAUGUUUAUCCAGUAAAUUAUAGGCGGCCAAGUAGAAGGGGCACACAAUAACGACAAUGAAAUUUCUAUUAGAAUAAUUAUUAAAAAUAUUUAAAUAAAAAAAUUGUCGUUAAUUUAGUAAAAGAAAAUAAUUAAUUAAAAAAAAACUUGUCAGUAUAUAAAUUCAAUGGUCGAUUUUUAAAUCGAAAAAAAAAAUAAUAUGUGUGUUUUACUUUGGUGGAUGUAUUGACGAGUUAAUUAUUUGAUCAAUAAAAUUGCCAAGAACUGAGCACUUACUGCCUGUUGAAUUAUAAUAGGAAUAAUUGCACUUUUAUGAAUUUUUAAAAAAUCAAAAAAAAAAUAUCUUAUAUAUAAUAAUGCCGCCUAUAAAACUCGCUUUUAUCGUUCCACUCUUUUACCAAUAAUUUUGGGUUGUAAAUACGUUGGCUAAUUUUAAAAAAAAAAAUACAACAAAUGGGAUAAUGACAUAUUGUCCCGUG